AUGUCUUGUAGUAGUUCAGACGACGAAAAUUUGGAAUUAUUGAAAGAAGCUCAAGACAGACAAUUUUUAAAUGAUCGCUUGUUCACUGGAAGUAAAGAAAAAUUGAACUCAGAAAUCACUAAUAAAGUGUCGGAACCAUUGAGAAAAUCUGCAGAUGAUGAAAAUUACAAUUUUUUCAAAGUGACCCCCGAAUUUCGCACUCAUGUUGCUAAACAUCUCUCAUCACUUCUAGACAAACACCUAAAGAAAAACUUGGAAUAUACAGCUUCAGAUGACAUUACAAGGAAAAAAAGAAAGAAAGGUGGUAUCAAGUUACUUUCAGAUUCAGAAAAGUAUUUAAAAGUGGAAAGUGAAUCUCUGGAAGUAUCACCUAAGCCUAAAAAGUUGAUUCGUACCACAAAACACCAAAUCCAAGUAGAUGAAGAAUCUUUGCAACAAUUAUCAGUUUCAGGGGUUGACAUAUUGAAGAAAAAGGGUAUAGAACAUUGGUCGAAGAGAUCGAAAGCACAGGUUUUCCAGUACAAGAAAACUUGCUCUGGGGAGUUAAUGUUGGUUGAUUAA